CCCUCAUUAAGACACCAAACUUCUUUAAACAACAUCUCGAAUUCAAUCGCCAAGAUGUCUGACGGAGAUCGUGAGACCAAGCCCUUCAAGUUUGUGACUGGCUUCGAUGCCCGCUUCCCAAACCAAAAUCAAACGAAGCACUGCUGGCAAAACUAUGUCGAUUACCACAAGUGCAUCCUAGCUAAGGGCGAGGACUUCGCUCCAUGCCGUCAAUUCUUCUUGGCCUACCGAUCAUUGUGCCCAAGUGCUUGGUGCGAGAGAUGGGACGAUCAGCGUGAAAACGGAACCUUCCCAGCACGUCUCGAUCAGUAAAGGAAAUCGGCGGUUGUGAAAUAGAGGUUCACUGGGCGACAGAUGACGGAAAAAGGAGCAGUUUCAUACGGGCUGUGUACCAUAUAAGUCAUUGAGGCGAAUUGAUAGAU